UGUUUUAUUCCUGGUUCUGUGAGACAAUAGCAUCAUAUUUAAAAUCCCCAUUUUAUUUCAGAUUUUCCUAAAAUGACCCACUUGCUCUCCCACAGACUAUAUUUUUCAAUUUACAGGCAAAUACUCAUCCUGGGCUAACAGAAUCCUGCAGAUUGAGGAGGAUUCUUUUAUAUCCUGUGCCAUUUCUGAAGCCCGUUUGCCAGUCCUGCCCAGCCCAGAGAAGGCUGGCACACGAAGAAAGGCAGCAGAAUGGGAGAAGAGAAAGAUGAAAUGAAACGGAUACCUGAGAGAUGAAGUUUGCUCAAUUCAUUCACUGCAAAUGCUGUCUCUUUGUUAGAAAGGGCUUGGAGCUUAUGAAGAAAACUCAAGAGGGAGAAACAACAUGGCAAUAUAAUCCAGCAGGGGUACAUGGUAAUAAUAACAAAAACCAAUCCAGCCACUCAGAAGAGGACAGAGGAGAGGAGACAGAAGGAAACAUUUAAAACUCAGAGGAGGAACACCAUGUGACCGUUUGACUGUGAGAGGACGGGAAAAAACAGGACUUCCAUCUUUUUUUUGUGUCUCAUUUUGUAACCGGUUUCAUUUUGUGGCCACGUUUGAGCUUCAGAUUUCUGAUUUUGUGCUGUGAUGUGGGCCAGCAGCAUGGCCCAGCUCUGCAUGUGUGUGAGUAUCUGUGUGAGCGUUUGGCUGCACAGCUCCCUCGGGCUGCCUCCUCAGCACCGUGGGUGGCUGCGGCUGUGGGAGGAAGGUGAGGGCUGUGGGGAGUGCGACGAGCACAUCUGCCCCUCGGUGCCGGACAACUGCCCCGCAGGCCGGGUUCAGGACAACUGUGGGUGCUGUGACCAGUGUGCCAACGUGGAGGGGCAGCAGUGUGACCCAGACGGGGCACAGAAGUUCUACGGACAAUGCGGGGAAGGCCUGGUGUGCCAGAGGAAAGUGAAGAAGAAGAGUCGCAGGGCUGAUCCAGAGCCUACAUGUGUGUGUCAGGAGAAAGGUCCUGUGUGUGGCUCAGAUGGGAGGACCUACACAAAUGUUUGCCAGCUGAGAGAGGCUGCCAGCCGUGGUAACACAAACCUAACACACGCCGGGAGAGGACCCUGCUACUCUGCUCCCCGAGUCCUCAGGGGUCCCAGAAAUCUGUCCAACUUCACAGGAAAUGACAUCAUCUUCAGCUGUGAGGUGUCAGCAUAUCCUCUUCCUGUCCUGAACUGGAGGAAGACAGGCAGUGACCAGUACUUACCAGGAGAUGAUCCUCACAUCUCUGUCCAGCUUCGAGGUGGACCCCAACGCUACUCUGUCUCCACGUGGCUUCAGAUAGAGGGUCUCCUCGUCUCUGACACGGGGGUCUACUCCUGCAUCUCCCACAACUCUCUGGGAGAAACGUCUGCUUCGGCACAGCUCACAGUGUCAAGACGAGGGGUGAAGGUGAGGAGAGGCCAUUUACAGGAGAAGGAGCAACACUUUGAUCGUUUAGAGGAAGGCAGUGGUGAUGCACAGCUGGCAUCUGGAGAUUACCUGCUGUUCAUUUAAAUCAGUUUAUAGGAGCAGUCGACAAGGAGGCCUCAGGAAAUAAUGUUUCAGCUAACACAUUGGAUUAGUUAAUAUUAUUCAAAUGAGAAGACAUGAUGAUUUUCAGCUGAAUUAUGACAUGAAUAAGUCAUUUAACAUUGCCUCUGCUUAUAUCUACCUUUUAGCUAUAACACGGCAGAAGAAUAAAUCAACUUUAAAUGGCAACGCUGAGUAUUUUGAUACACACUGCUGCCUGUUUAAAUCUGUCAAAAAGUGUGAGGAAAAUUUGCAAGCGAUUUCACACCAAGUGGAAAGUAAAUUUGUGGUAUGGCAAACACAGAGAGAAGUCACCCCUAAAGUAAAGCCUCUAUCAUUUCCUCCUGCUUUCACCACUCCACCCACAAAACACCAGAGCGCAGUACAUUUAUUCACUGAGGAAAAAAGAGAGUGAUGGAUGGGGCGAGAGAGGGUGUGACCAUCCGCGGGGUCUCCGUCUGAUUCUCUUCAUCUCUCUCCACCUGAGUGCCAGUUAAUCCUCCCCUCAUCCCCCGACUCCCAGCUGGAUUCACCGGCUCCUUCUGAAUGGCAAGCUGCAUUAACGCCGAGGAACUUUCCCCCGCUGUCUGUUAGUAAAAGCUGAUUGGAGAUUACAGGCCUGCUGCAGAAAAAACAGAAAAGAAAAAAACACACUGCCCUCCAUCUCAUCUUCCACCCCUUUAUCUCUCCUUCUUCUCUUCACUUCUUUAUCUUCUUAAUCUCAAUCUCCUCCUUUUCAAUGUCAUCAACUUUUGCUUGCUAUUACAUUUUUGCCCCCAUUCAUUGCCUCUUUCUUGACAGCUGAAUGACAAGAAAGAUGAAGAUGAGUAAGGGUGAGAGGGAGAGAAAAAAAAAGCCUCCCCUCCUGAGUGGAGCCAGAAUGAUGUCAUGGGGGCAUUUGUCCUCCUGGUGUGGAGGCUUCCCUUCCUCUGCUAAUUACCUUGUACAAACUCGAAUCUGAUAUGGCGGAUAUGAGGCCCAAAUACAAUUAUUGUGGGCUAACAAAGAGAUAUUGAGAUUCAGGGAAUGAGGGAGAGACCGCGAGCGAGAUAGAAGGAAAAGGCAUGUGCACCGCCAGGCACGCACACACACACACAUACAGGAGCCACGUGCACACUUGCAUACCCACCCACACACACAAACACAACCACUUGUCCUUCCCCUCCAUUCCCUCAGAUAGGCUAAUGUUAUUACUGGGGUAAUUAUCCUCAUUAGUGCCAGCAGCUGUAGAGAACCCAUUGCAUGCUGUUCAAACUCCACCCCGAACCUUUCUGUCUUCACAUCGCUCUUUGUAUUCCCCAGAUCU